GGCGCGCCCUGAUUGGCCGGCUGUGAGGGGAGGUGGGAGUAGUUAAAUCUACGGCACGUUCUGAUUGGUCGGCUGUGAGGGGAGGUGGGAGGAGUUAAAUAUACGGCGUGCUCUGAUUGGCUGGCGUUGAUAACGUCCUUCUCUCCCAGGCGCAGGGGCAGGACUUAAAGGCCGAGGGGGCGUGGCUAUCGGCGAAAGGGGCGGGGGCAGAGAGAUGCCGAAGCGCGGGAAGAAGAAGGAGGAGAAUGGGAGCGGGGACGAGGCCGGCCCCGCCCCCGCCAAGGCUGCCAAGGCGUCGCCGGCCCCGCUGUACGAGGACCCGCCCACCCGCGAGGCCACGCCCGAUGGGCGGCGCUGGACGCUCAAGGUGACGACAUGGAACGUGGAUGGGCUGAGGGCGUGGCUGCGCAAGGGCGGGGCCCAGUGGGUGCAGGAGGAGGCGCCGGACGUGCUGUGCCUGCAGGAGACCAAGUGCGCGGUGUCGGCGGUGCCGGCCGAGCUGCGGGCGCUGCCGGGGCUGCCCCACCAGUUCUGGUCCAGCGCCAAGGACCGGCCGGGCUACAGCGGCGUGGGGCUGCUGGCCAGGACCGAGCCGCUGGAGGUCACCUACGGCAUCGGUGACCCCGAGCACGACGUGGACGGCCGCGUGGUGACGGCCGAGUUCCCCUCUCUCUUCGUGGUCUCGGCCUACGUGCCCAACGCCGGCCGGGGCCUGGUGCGCCUGGAGCCGCGGCUGCGCUUCGACGCCGCCUUCCUGCGCUUCCUGCAGGGCCUGGACGCCCGCAAGCCCGUCCUGCUCUGCGGCGACCUCAACGUGGCCCACGCCGAGAUCGACCUGUGCCACCCGCGCGCCAACCGCGCCAGCGCCGGCUUCACGCCGCAGGAGCGCCAGGGCUUCUCGCGCCUGCUGGAGGCCGGCUUCGUCGACUCCUUCCGGCACCUGUACCCCGAGGCGCGCGGCGCCUUCACCUUCUGGACCUACCUGGGCGGGGCGCGGGCGCGCAACGUGGGCUGGCGGCUGGACUACGCCGUGGUGUCGCGGCGCCUGCUGGGGGCGCUCUGCGACUGCAAGAUCCGCAGCGCCGCCCAGGGCAGCGACCACUGCCCCGUCACCGCCCUCCUCGCCGUCUAGGGCGGGAUUUGGGGCAAAAUCAGGUAAAAAAUGGGUAAAACUGGGGUUUGGGGUGGUGCUGGGUUUUAAUUGCAUUGUUUUAGACUGAAAUUGGCUCGUUUUGGCCCAAGAUUGGCUGAAAUUCGGACAAAAUGGCUUAAAACUCAAGUUUCAGGCAGUUGUCCACCCUUGGAUGUGUUUUGGCCCAAAAUCGGAUCAAUUUUGCCCAAAAUCGGCUCAAAAUCCCUCAGAAUUCGAGUUUCAGACUAUUGUCCACCCUUGGAUAUGUUUCAGCCCUAAAUUGGCUCAAUUUGGCCCAAAAUCUGCUCAAAAUCGCUCAGAAUCCGAGUAU